AAUGUGAUUGAGCGUACAUUUGGAGUAUUAAAAGGUCGCUUUCCAAUCUUGAAAACGGCGGUGCAAUAUCCUCUGAAAACGCAAGUGAAAAUUGUAGUUGCAUGUGCGGUGCUCCAUAACUUCAUAUUGGGUGAACGUGAUUCAGACCAAUAUGUAGGUGGUGCUGGUAUACAUAUGGAAGAUGUGGAAAGCAAUCCAUCACCAUAUGAGGCUUCAGCAAAUGACGAGAGGCACUGGGUGGUACAGGUUACUCAGCGGUAAAAAGAUUCGUGGUCUACACUACGUGAUUCAAUCGCCCAACGAAUUUGAGUAGACUCACUCUGCAAUAGUAGGAACUGAUAUUUUUCUUGUAUCUUAUAUUUAAAAGCAAUGUAGUAGAAGUCUUUCAAUCGUGCUCUAUUGAAAAUGAAAUCUUUAAUGUUGGAAUGUGAAAUCUAUUUUGAGAAUAUGAACGAAAUGAUUAAAUUUCACAUUUUAAAGUAUUCAAGUGAGUCAUAUGUCACAUGUUCUCAUAUUUUUUAUUUAUUACUUAUAGGCCAUAUAUCGGAUAUGUGGUCUAGUCCUGCUGCGACUCCUACACAAUCUCCCAUUAAAACUCUGACUCCUCCAACGCGAUGUUCGCCUCAUGCAAAACCCGCUAGAUCACUUGUCGAGCCAUCUUACUGAGCUCAGAAAAUAAAGUGGACCAAUGCAAUGGAUCAAGUUUUGUUGAACACGUUGCUAGAACAGAUUGCCCUAGGACGCAAAGCAGACAAUGGGUUUAAAAGGGAAGCAUACCAAGCUGCGGUUGAGCAAGUUUCUAAAGAAACUCAUGUAUGCGUGAAUUGGUCAAACGUCGUAAACCGUAUGAAAUAUCACAAGAAAUGCUAUAAUGAUGUGAAAGAUAUGCUCGCUGCUAGCGGCUUCGGUUGGGAUAACGAACGAAAGGUUGUAACCGCGCCAGACGAAGUAUGGGAAGCCUAUCCAAGGUGUCAUUCACGAACUGAAAGACUCCGAGGAAAGCGGAUCGAGAGGAUGGAUGAUUUAGUUGUCAUCGUCAGUGAUGAUCAGGCGAUUGGUAGAUACGCACAAGGCAGUAGGAAUUUGGCUGCAUCCUCGUCACGUGUCCAACGAGAUUUAAAUCAAAUAUGGUCAGAUGAGGAUGAGGAUUUGAAAGAUAGUGUGGAUCUAUUCGCGAACAAUUUAGGGGACUCGGCGAUGAAAUCGCGAUUUUCUGACAAUCAGUCUCGGGAAAAUCAGUCUGGUCGAAGUACACCUAAACGUACACCUGAUUCUGGGAAUAAAACUGGCGGUAGUACUACUUCGAAGCGGCUGUGUCGUACUCGUCCUUGUGACGUACUCGGGAUAUCUCUAACUCACGUUACCGAAGCCAUGAGUAAUUUUGGUCUUGGAGAAGAAGUGAAUCGUACCACUAAAGUGUUGGACAUCCUUGAAGAGGUAGAGGGGUUGACCAACGCCGAGUUUAUCGAAGUUGGGCAGCUCCUCUCAAGGGACAAACAACUCGCUUCUUUCUUUGUUAGUCUCCGAGUGGAACGCCGCAUGGAAUGAUUAAAACAAAUUCUCCACAAUUCUCAGAAAAACGUUGGUAGUGCAGAUCCAUGACUUUAGAUGUUUUAUAUAUGAUGCAUGCUUGGUAGACGCUUGUGCUAGUGUCUUAUGCUCUUGACAGGUACCUUCUGUGGAGAUAGCUUGGAAGAUGAAACAUUUAAACUAUCGACUUUUAUAUUUGGUUUGGAUGUUGGGGACAUGUAAUAACUAUAAUCCUUGAACUAUUUACGGUUUGGCUUUAUGAUGUGCAUGGAUGCUUGAUAUUUAGCUCAAUCUGAAAUAUCGUUUUAAAUAUGCAUAACGCAAUGUAUAUUAUUUGUUCACGCACAUGUCAUUGUUUUUUAA